AUGGCAUAUCAGCCCCAGGAUCCAUAUAACAGACAAGCAGCUAUACGGCAAUUACUCUCCAACCCACAGUAUGAAGCCCAGUACCCUCUUCAACAGUCCUCCAGGCCGACAUCGGAUACGUACGGUCUUUACCACGCGAACGCAUGCCAAGCGAAUAGCACCAUCGCGCCCUCUGGCGGCGCACUUCAGCACAGGCAACCGAUCCCUCAAUUGCAGACACAGCAGCGAGCUUAUGCCGUAGCGAUCCCGGCACCUUCAGACUCGACCCAUCAGCUUGCAGUCUAUGCCAGCAAUGGGUAUACCGGCAGUCAAACUAUGCCGCCGCCGCCUCCAUAUCACACUCCGCUCGAUUAUCAGCUGCUCUUGCUUUCUCUAGCUGAGGAGUACUUCGCUGCAGCGCAUGGCUAUGGCUCGAUGGCAGACAUAGUCCGCAGAGAAACUGAAACGCAUUCCUACUACAAGAUGAUGGCAACCGGGUUAGGAUGUCUCGAGGUUGUCUUGAAGCAUUUCAAAAUGCAGCCCGAGAGAGAAGCCAUAGUGAGACUGCGGUAUGCCACCAUCCUUUUCGAGGAGACGGAGAACACCAUAGAAGCGGAUGAAGCUCUAGGCAAAGGAAUUGUACUUUGCGAUCGCCAUCGUUUCUUUGAUCUCAAAUACAACAUGCAGCAUCUGCUUGCUCGGAUCCUGUUCUCAAAGACCCCUCGGGCUGCUUUCAAAUUUCUCGACGGAAUCUUGAAAGAUGCCGAGGCUUAUCAACAUAUCGCAUGGGUCUACGCCUUCCGGUUUCUCAAGGUCUCGAUGCAUCUUGAGCUUUCAUCUCAUCAGGAUCUGAUCGCAGCCCUCAACCUGCUGAAAAGUAUCAUAUCUAUUUCCAGUGACUAUGGGGACAAGGUCAUCCUCGCUGUCGCCACCACUCUCGAGGCCUUGACCUGCCUAAAGAUAUCUAGUAAUGCUGAGUAUAUCGAGGAAGCGCAGCGAGCGUUGGCUGGCGUAAGAAGUCUACAGCUGGAUCCUGCAACAGGAGAGCUACAUCAGUUGACAGUCUUAAUAUCUUUUGUAGAUCUAUGCUGCCAACUGCAACAAUUCGAACCUCAUCAAGCAGUAUCAAAAAUGCAGAUCAUGCAGAAUGCACUAAAGACCGUGGAUUCAAGUCGAUUGUGGACUGAUGACGGAUCAUUUGCUAUCCCCAUACCAGCCACGAGAAUGCCGUCGUGUAAGAGCCAAUCUGGUGUUGUUCGGAGAAGAAACAACGAUUCGAUCGUCUUGAUGUUCAAUUGGAUGCCAAAAGAAGAUAUUUACAAUGUUGGGUACCUCCUCGGCGGUGCCUCCAUGGCCAACCGCAAUACAGUGGAUGGUCAGAAGUCGGAGCAUAUGCUCGAGGAGGGUAUCAAAAGACUAGAGUGGACGCAACGAGAACAUAGCAAAGUACCCAAGUCUAUCGCGCUCGCGUCCUCUCAGCAAACUUGGCGGGAACACAUGACUUGCUACAUGCGACUCUAUCUCGCAUUCACGCUAUGUGCUAGGACGUCGUGGUCGGCGGCCAAAGAGCAGCAGGCUAAGAUCGAGGCCAGCGUCGGAUCGAUGGUCAAUACUCCAGAGCCCCUACUUCUACUCACAGUAUAUCUUGAAGCGGUCAUCUACCAAGGAAUUGGCAACCUUGCGGAAGCCCUCUCGCUGUACCAAAGCUCCAUUCUAUCUCUUCCAGCACCUCCUGAGCAACGGUCACGCUCCCAAAUAUCCUUGGACAUCUCCAUCCUCUCUACUCUCAACACGAUAUUAAUCAUCCGCUCGCCUUCUCACUCCCAAAACCAUCUUGUCCCUUCGCUCGUAUCAAACCUCGAACUCCUCUGUCUGCAGAACCGAAACCACCAGAUUUGUUCUGCCUACCAUCUCGUCGCCGCUACCACCUCAUCGGACACCAUUCUCCUCACAAAGCAGUAUCUCCAAUCCGCCCUUCAAGCCUCUAAGCAAACUGACAAUAAACAUCUUAUGUGCAUGGUCCUCAAUUUUAUGUCCUGGAAAUUCUUCCGUGGCGUUGUGGGCGAGCAGGCGGAGAGGAGCGCUCGAGCCAGCCAGAAUCUAGCUCAGCAAUGUAUGAAUGUCCUGUGGAUGAGUGUUAGCGCGGGCCUGUUGGGUGAUACGCUUGAGGUGGCGGGGAGAAACGAGGAGGCGGAGAGGGCGAAGCAGAGUGGGUUAAAAACUUCGGCUAAUCUGCCACAGGCAUUGCAGGAAGCGAUGAAUGGACGUUUUGACGGGCAUGAUGUUCCCAUGCAGGAAGAGGGAGAGAAUUAUGAAGUUACUAUGAAAGUGAAGGGGUGA